GAGUUGCCGUCGACCGUCGCACCGGUGCAACUGUUUGCUCUCCUAUCUGCCAACUAUGACCAAAUUGACUAACCGCGACCUCAUCAUCCAGUGAUCCGUAAUAACCCGACCCAUUGCGAUUAUUGACUGUUUCGCGUGUGUAGUGCUAACGAAAACUAGUAACCCAUGAUUAUGGAGAUGACGAACGAAUCGGGGGUGGGACGAUGGUACGAGUCCCCCAGGACCGGAACCAGCGCUAGUCCUGGUGGUCAAGGAAUCGACGGUGGUUCGGACAUCAAUUCUACCGUCGCCGAGCACAUGGGCACGUUUUUCUUGGAUCCUUCGGGGUCUCAGAGGGCGAGGUACUACCAUCAGACCAUGCAUUCGCCUUACGGGGCGCACGCCUCGCGGAUGUCAAGCCAGGUCUGCAGGCCGCACUUCCACGCCCCCCUCCAUCCCUGGCUUUCCGACGGCGCCAAACCCCUGGCCCACUCUGGCCCUUGGGUUCCCUUCGGCCCCGGCGACCCCGACAAGUCGCAGUCGCCCAGCUCGGCGCCCGCGCAGGCGCACAACAUCUUCUCCUUCCCGCCCACGCCGCCCAAGGACAGCACGCCCGACUCCGUGGCGCCCUCUGCCGAGUACCAGAGCGCGGUGGCGGCCGCGAUGGGCGCCUUCAUGCACGAGAACCCGCAGAGCUGCGCGCUCGACGUGAAGCCGAGCGGAGUGGGCUCUGGCUCGGGCAACAUCGGCUCCGGCUCGGGCAAGCAGCGCGAAGGUAGUGAAUAUGAGGGCGGCACGUCGGGCAUGUUCAAUGGUAACUUUGACGGCACGUACGGGUCUGCGUAUGCCCACGGUAUUCACGGGGCGUACUCGCCCCAGAACAAGCAGCAUCUAGGUGGCGCUGGCGGGCAGGGCGGCCAGUCGCCCAAUAAGCCGAGAAACAAGUCGAGAACCAGCGCCGAAGGCCGAGAGUGCGUCAAUUGCGGGGCGACUAGCACGCCUUUAUGGAGACGAGAUGGCACAGGACAUUAUCUUUGCAACGCCUGCGGACUGUACUAUAAGAUGAACGGGCAGAACAGGCCGCUCAUCAAACCAAAAAGAAGACUGAGUUUACAAAGUGCAGCUCGUCGAGCGGGUACAAGUUGUGCCAACUGCAAGACUACCACGACUACCCUCUGGAGGCGCAACCAAAACGGCGAGCCUGUUUGCAAUGCUUGCGGUCUCUACUAUAAACUACACAAUGUCAACAGGCCUCUGACGAUGAAAAAAGAAGGCAUCCAAACAAGAAACAGAAAACUCUCCUCCAAGAGCAAAAAGAAGAAGAGUGGCUCGUGCCUCUCGCUGGGCGGCAUGAUGGGCGACAUGAUGAAGCCGCUGGACGGCUCCAAGGGCGGUUUCGGCGCGGGUGGCUUCGGCGCGGGCAUGGGUGGGGGCCACCCGCACCUAAACGCCGCCCUGCACCCGCACCACGCGAUGAGCCACUGGUACCAGCACCAGCACCCGCAGGGGUUCGUGUCGGGACCGCCGCCGCCUGCGCCGCCUCCCACUGCGUCGUACCAUCAUCAUAUGAGUUCGUUGAGCGCGGCCGGGUUGGGCCUGACGUCCAAUGGGAUGACUGGUUGGAGGUCAGAGUACACGUGAUAAGCAGAUUUAGUAGCCUUUCAAGGAAUUUAUUUAUGAAAAUCACUGUGGAUAUAGCUCUAAGGUUUAAUACUUAUACGUGAUCUAUGAGGACUCGUCAAAAUGUUCGUAUUAAUUGUAAAUUUUGUAAAGGACACUGAUGUCAGAAACCUGACAGGUUUGUCUGUGUAAAUCGAGGUGUAAAUCAAGUACAAAAAAGGACCGUUUGUAAUGUAUUGUAUAUAGUUGUUAGUUCGUUUAUUAUAAUUUUUAUCAACUGUAGGUGACGAUGUGUAAAUAUACUUAGUUGAAAAUUUUAAAGACAAUGUGCAAUCAUCACGAUUAUAGAUAUUUAUAUGGGAUAUUUGUGUGAAUGAAUCAAAUUGGGUAUUUCCGAAAAAUAUUUCAGAAUGUUUUUCAUUUCUGUCUACAAAUUAAUUGGAAGUCGAGAAUAUAAGCAGACAAAUUAGCAUAUUUUCAAUGAUUUGAUACAAUUCUGAAAUAUUCCUCAGAUGCGGCAUAUAUAGACUGCAGAUAAUGUAAAUACAUAAUUUUGUGAAUUGUGAAAACGCCGACCAAUUUUCAAUUGAAAAUUUCAAAUUAUGUGCAUCAUGAUAUAUUUAUUAAUUGUCUUCAGACCCUAGAUAAGUAUAAAAUACGUGCACAGUAUUCGAUUUACAUUUUCACAACAUUAUCGAUUUGAUUGAUAUCAAAUGUGCAUUUAUUACAAUUGAAAGUAUGAAUCAGCUCGAAGUUAUUCCACAUACUGAAUCGAAUACUGAGCACUGUGACCGCCAUGUUUAUAUUUUACAGUAUUUUUGUUGAAUUGAUCCUAUUUAUUGUUUAUUGUUCAAAACAGUGUAUUGAGAAAUCGUUCUAACCGAUUUGUACACGAAAUGCAAUUCAACAUAGAAUAAUUAUAAAACCUUCAAAAUGUAAAUAUAAAAAUCGAUGUAUGUAUAUGCUCUUUGUGUGAUAUAUAAAAAUAUUUAAACUU